CCUUCUUCACUUUGCUAGCUGGCUACAUAGUGGUACCGUCCACUAUAAUAAAACGGAUAUACAUCAUGUAUAGGAUCUAUAUACUAGUGAUAGUGAAUAUACUUGAUGCACGCUAAACUCCUGGUGGGUGAUGAAAUUGCACGGCGUGGUAAUGAAUGAAUGAAUGAAUAUUUAUAUAAAUUCUUCUACACAUCAUUACAUCAUUAAAAAAAUUAGGGCAGAUUCAAUUCAGCAAAGUGAAAAGAUUAGUUAUAAUGCCUGAAAAUACAGAAUCAAAAAAUCUUAUGCUAUAUAACAGCCUAUCUAGAAAGAAAGAGCUGUUCGUACCGGUUAAUAGCAAAAAAAUACAUUGGUAUACCUGUGGGCCGACGGUUUACGAUGCUUCACACAUGGGGCAUGCUCGGUCUUACAUUUCGUUCGAUAUAAUAAGAAGGGUUUUAGAAUCAUAUUUCAAUUACAACAUAAUGUACGUCAUGAAUAUAACAGAUAUCGAUGACAAGAUUAUUAAACGCGCCAGACAAAAGUAUCGUUUCAAAAAAUAUGUCGAAGAAAAUCAUACCUUAGAUCAAAUAUUUCAGGACGCGAUAAUAGCUUUGGAAUUUUUUUCGGUCAAAAUGAAGAAAGAUACAAAUCCCGAUGCUAAAACAUUGGAAAAUAUUAUAAUAAAAAAAGUGAACGAUGGUAUAGAAAGAUUGCGCCACAUGGUAAAUUCAAAUAUUAAAACCGAGAAUAUUGAACUGGAAAAAGAGAAUUUUUUGAAUCAAAUAUCCGACGUCUUAUCGGAUUGGUUAGAUAUUCAGCAUAAAUAUAAUAUAAAUGACGACUCCAUUUAUUUCGAUUUACCUCGUGUUUGGGAAAAAGAAUUUCACGAUGAUAUGAAAAAUCUAAAUAUACUAAUUCCAAACGCACUCACUCGUGUUACCGAAUACAUUCCCGAAAUAGUAAAUUUCAUCACCCAAAUAAUUCAAAACGGAUACGCAUACGUUUCUAACGGAUCCGUUUACUUUGAUACGAUCAAAUUUGAUCAAGACCCUAACCAUCAUUACGCCAAAUUAUUACCGGAGGCUUUCGGAGAUCAAAAAGUUUUGAACGAAGGCGAAGGCGAAUUAAGCAUCUCGGAAGAUAAACUUUCGGAGAAGAAAAGCUGCAACGAUUUCGCCUUAUGGAAAGCUUCGAAACUAGAAGAACCCAGCUGGUAUUCUCCUUGGGGCAAAGGAAGACCCGGAUGGCAUAUUGAGUGUUCUGUAAUGGCGACAUCCAUAUGCGGUUCGAAAUUAGAUAUACACGCAGGAGGAGUCGAUCUUAAAUUUCCGCAUCACGACAACGAAAUCGCCCAAUCUGAGGCUUACUUUGGCGACGAUCAUUGGGUUUCCUUCUUUUUACAUUCCGGCCAUCUAACUAUCGCCGGUUGCAAAAUGUCGAAAUCUCUUAAAAACUUUGUCACCAUUAAAGAUGCCCUGAAGCAGUAUACAUCCAGACAACUCAGGCUCACUUUUUUAUUGCAUUCUUGGAAGGAUACUUUGGAUUAUAGUCCUAAUACCAUGGCCUUAUCCCUGCAUUACGAAAAAAUGUUGAAUGAAUUUUUUUUGAAUAUGAAAGAUGUUUUGCGGAAGGCUCCCAAAGAUUGCCAAACAUUUACGAAAUGGAAUGGCCACGAAAUGCUUUUAAAUAACAAAUUAUUCGAAACUAAGUCAAAGGUACACGAUCAUUUGUGCGAUUCAAUCGAUACGAAAUCUUGUCUGGACGAUGUUAAGGACUUGGUCAAUUUCACUUACAUAUACCUGAAAAAUGUGACUCAAAACGCUGGCCCUAAUUUCGAUAUUAUCCGUCGAAUUUGUGUGGAGAUUACGGAUCUGUUUAAGAUUUUUGGAGUAUAUGAAGAAGAAGCUAAAAUUGGACCAACGUUCUCUAAUAACGUUGAUAGCAUUAUGAAUAAAGAAGAUCAGAUUCUACCUUAUUUGGAGGUCAUCGCCGACUUUAGAGAUUGUGUUAAAACAUCUGCCAUACAAUAUAAAAAUUAUGAAAUUUUGAAACAAUGUGAUGAUUUGCGCGAUAAUAUCUUACCGAAUAUCGGCGUGCGACUGGAAGACAAGAACGGUGUAUCGGUUAUCAAAAUAAUUGAUAAUCAAUCAACACCAGAAUUUGACCAAGAUCUAAUCACCAAACAAGCUAAAGAUGUUGAAAAGUUAAAGCUAAAGGAACAUAAGUUAAAAAAAGAAGAAUUAUUACAAAUCCCGCCAGAGAAAUUAUUCUUAAAAGAAUCCGAUAAAUAUAGCAAAUUUGAUGAAAAGGGUAUUCCAACUCACGAUAUCAACGGAAAUGUUGUCACAAAAUCUCAAUCGAAAAAAUUGAUGAAGAUUUAUCAGCAACACGAACUUAAAUAUAAUGAAAAUAUUAAAAAAAUUAUUAGCUCUCAAUAAAUUAAGUGUUGUUUGGUUUAUGGACUCGUUAAUUUAAG